AUGGCUGCAGCACGAGCAAGAGUCAGCGGCUGCAGCAAGAACAAGAGUCAGCAACUGCAGCAGGAGCAAGAUGACGGCUGCAGCAGGAACAAGAGUCAGCGGCUGCAGCAGGAGCAAGAGUCAGCAGCUGCAGCAGGAGCAAGAGUCAGCGGCUGCAGCAGGAGCAAGAGUCAUGGCAGCAACAAGACAGGCCCUCAGUACCAUAGCCAGGCAGCUCCUUCUCACCCUCAUCCCACCAGCAGUAGCCCUCAGUACCAUAGCCAGGGGCAGCUCCUUCCUCACCCUCAUCCCACCAGCAGUAGCCCUCAGUACCAUAGGCAGGGGCAGCUCCUUCCUCACCCUCAUCCCACCAGCAGUAGCCCUCAGUACCAUAGCCAGGGUCAGCUCCUCCUCACCCUCAUCCCACCAGCAGUAGCCCUCAGUACCAUAGCCAGGGCAGCUCCUCCUCACCCUCAUCCCACCAGCAGUAGCCCUCAGUACCAUAGCCAGGGGCAGCCCUUCCUCACCCUCAUCCCACCAGCAGUAGCCCUCAGUACCAUAGCCAGGCAGCUCCUCACCCUCAUCCCACCAGCAGUAGCCCUCAGUACCAUAGCCAGGGGCAUCCUCCCUCACCCUCAUCCCACCAGCAGUAGCCCUCAGUACCAUAGCCAGGGGCAGCUCCUCCCUCACCCUCAUCCCACCAGCAGUAGCCCUCAGUACCACAGCCAGGGCAGCUCCUCCUCACCCUCAUCCCACCAGCAGUAA